UGCAGUUGAAUUAGUUGCUAUAAAAAAAAAAGGUUUUACCGUUGAUAUCAGGUUGAAGCGCAGAGAAAGCAAGUCAACCCGCGCACCAACCACAACCACAAUAGCAACCAGCCCUUCUCUGUCAUUGCUUUUUGGGUUUUUGUUCACUGUAAGGAAAAAAAAGGCACCUUUGGCUAAGCCUUUAUUUUCUAUCAAUCACUCAUUCUCCGAGGAAGGAAAAAGAAUCAAGAUUCAAGAAUGGCAAGAGCAGGAGGGAUAACUAACGCCGUGAAUGUGGGUAUUGCUGUCCAGGCUGAUUGGGAGAAUCGCGAGUUCAUCUCCCAUAUUUCCCUCAACGUCCGCCGCCUCUCUGAGUUCCUCGUCCAAUUUGAGGCUACAACAAAGAGCAAGUUGGCAUCUUUGAAUGAGAAACUUGAUACAUUGGAGCGCCGCCUAGAGCUGCUAGAGGUCCAAGUGGGUACUGCUUCCGCCAACCCAUCUCUUUUUGCUACCUGAUCCAUGUAUGUUUUUAAUAAGAUCAUCUAUGAUUUACUCUCCUCUGUAAAAAUGCUGCUUCCUGAGAGAACCUUUCUUUGCACCCAAUUUUUGAAGUAAUACAUAUAAAUAUCAUUCUGCUAUUUCUUUAUUCAAAUAGUUUUUGCAUGAGUUUCUUGGAACUGCUGUUACUAGUCUCUCGUUGACGAAUAUUGAUUGAGGACAACUUAUGCUUAAUGCGAUUCGUUUUAAUUCCUUGUUGAUCCAAACGAAUCCAUAUGCUCUAAAUUGUAAUACAAUCACAACUAGAAAGCAUACAAUUUUUUGGUGUGCUUUUACAUGUUCAUCUGACAAGCAUUUGCAUACCAAUGUGAUCCGUUAUUGGAUAGCAUAAACUAUAGUAAUCCAAUAUAUCAUAAUCUUUCCAGCGCUAAACUAUAUGGCCUUGGUUACUGGCCGAUAGCAAUUAUACUGUUUCGUAAUUGACUGAAUAUAUGUGCUGUUGAUAUUUUGUGGCAGGUUGAAUCUUAAGCAUGAUAUACUACUAUCUAGAAUUCUAGACUGUUUUCAUCUUCCUGAGUAGUCUAGGAGCAAAUUUUAGGCUUAGUUAGCGGAGUAAUGUUGGUCUCACCAUUAGCUUU